UAUCGAUACCCUUGAGCAAAGUCAAAAAACAAAAUAAUGUCAACAAUCAAAGAAAUCCCUGUUAAUUUGCCAAAAUUGCUUACAUUGUUUCGGACAAUUGUGCCGAAACUGACAAAUGACAAAUAUAAAGGACAAUAUGGCCGAAUUGGCGUCAUCGGAGGGUCUUUGGAAUACACCGGUGCGCCCUACUUUGCUGCUUUGAGUUCCAUGAAAGUCGGUGCCGACUUAGCUCAUGUCUUCUGUCAAGCAAAUGCGGCCUCAGUAAUCAAAUCUUACAGUCCCGACUUAAUCGUUCAUCCAGUGCUGGACUGCUUGGAUGCUGUUGAUAAAAUAAAGCCGUGGUUAGACCGUUUACACGUGAUUGUUAUUGGACCCGGAUUGGGUCGGGAGCCGCCUAUUUUGAAGACUGCAAAAGAUUUGCUAAAAUUGUGCAUAGAAUUACAAAAGCCACUUGUUAUAGACGCUGAUGGACUAUUUAUUCUGAACGAUAACAUUGAUCUAGUGUGUGGACAACGGAAUAUUAUAUUAACCCCAAACGCUAUGGAAUUCCGCAGAUUGUUUGGAGAGGACACAGAUUCUGUGCAUCAAAAAAUGUCUUCUCUGGGAGAUGGUGUUGUGGUCUUGGAAAAGGGCAUAUAUGAUAGAAUUCAUUUACCUCACAGCAACGAAGUUCACUCCAUGCCUAGUGGCGGUUCCGGACGUAGAUGUGGCGGUCAAGGGGACUUGCUAAGCGGAUCUCUAGCAACGUUUUAUUUCUGGUCACUGCAAUCCAAUCAGCCAAAUCCCGCAUUAAUAGCAGCUUGUGCUUCAAGUUAUCUCGUGAAGGGAGCAAAUUUGGCUGCAUUUAAAAAGUUUGGUCGAAGCUUGCUAGCUAGUGAUAUGAUAAAUGAAAUAUCCACAGUUUUUCGGUCUGAGUUCGAAGAUCCGGAAGUUUGAUAAAACGGUCUAAUAAAUUACUAAGGUGUGAUGCUUUGA